AUGAAACGAAAUAGCUUGAAAAUCUGCAGCCGCUGCAUUGGUCGAGACAGGAAGAAAGCCCUCGACGAGCCCUACUUCUUCAGCGCUGCGAAUAACCUCGACUUUGGGGAAGUCCCCGGCAAUCUACCCGAUCUAACGAUGGUUGAGGAGAUGCUUAUUGCUAGGAUUCACGUACACGUCAAGGUCCUACAAGUGCGUGGCGCUCAAUACAAAUAUCGCGGCCACGUUAUCCACUUUCUUCGCAACAUUGGUAGGCUAUUUGAAGAGCUCCCAGUGCUACCGAAGGAGCUAGAUAUCGUGCUCCUACGGCCUCCUAAUAUGGAAGGCGACCCUCGCUUCCAGCAACAGUUUGCUCGCGAUUUCCGGCGCCACCACCGGGCUAUCGCGAUAUCGUCCCAAGUGGCUGACAUACCUGACGGCGAGAUCCCACAAGGCCCUGUUGAGGAGGCCUUGGAAGAGGAUCCCUGCGAUGCGGACGCAUCAGCGAUCCCGAACUUGCAGGUUACCGAUACCGAAUUAAACGCCCUGCAGUCCCGAGUCCUUGAUGUUGCCCCUGACUCUGAGCAUGCCAUUGCCAUCCAUUCGCAGGACCCCUAUCGACGAAUUCAACCGUUCCCAGCCGCUGUUAUCGCUUGCGUUCCCUACCUCUACCCUGACGGCAAGGCCGACUUCGUGGAGCCUCGCCUACGGAGCAUCACGUACCAGGACUACCUUGGCCAUGCGAUGAGAUGGCAUGACGGACGUUUUGCCCGCCAUAAAACGUGGCCUUUCGUCGCCCUCAACACGCUGCUACAGGAAGCGAUGGCUGAGCCUGAUGAGCCAGAGGCUCAGGACCUGAUCCAGUCGAUCACGCGCCAAGCCGCGGUAAUCAGGGGCACCCGGCCACCUGGCCUUUUCGUUACUGCAAAGUGGAAAGCAGCUCCUGAGGCGGCGCGCAUGGUCCUGUCCCGGCAACUACUGCGAGACAACGCCCACAUCGCCGCCUACCACUUCUACAAGCGUUAUACGCUUCGACGACUAUUGUCCUGA